AUGGCGCGCAGACCGUGCAGGAAAGCGCGCAUACCGCGCAAGAAAGCGCGAGCCUCGACGUCCUCACAACCGGCAUCCUCCUGGCCGGAUCUCCCGCCGGACCUCGCCGGCGACGUCCUAGGUCGCCUGCCGUCGUACGCCGACCGCAUCUGCUUCGGCGCCGUAUGCCGCUCGUGGCGCUCGUCCGCGCGGCAGCACCACGCGCGCCCGCUUCUGCCGUGCCUCUGCUUCGCCGACGGGACCUUCCGAGGCUUCCCAGCAGAGGCCCGGCCCUUCCGCCUGCGCAGCGCCGCAGGCCACCACAGCUCCUGCGGCGAGUGGCUCGUGUUCGAGCGCGACGACGGCGCCUACUCGCUGGUGGACCCGUUCUGCAAGGACUCGGCGCCCGUGGCGGUGCUCCCGAGCCUGUCCCGCGUCCGUGUCCGCUACGAGCCCAUCGUGGCGGUGCCCGAGCGGGAGCUGCCGGAGUGCAGGCACCUAUGGGUCCCGCGCGAGAGAGACGCCGAGCCGCAGACGGCGGUGUCCUUGCUCAAGCUCGUGGUCUGCUCGUCCCGCCUCGUUGCCGCGGUCGUCGGCCAAGGGCGUCACGGCAGGCUCGCGCUAUGCCGUCCGGGCGCGGCGUCAUGGUCAGUGAGCGGCCGCGAACCAUGGCGGCGACUCAAAGACAUGGCUUAUUACCAGGGUAAGCUGUACGUCGUCGACCAGAACGAAGACCUCCUGGCCGUCACCGUCGCCGACGACGACGCCGAGCUGCCGGCCAUGUCUCGGCUCGACCGCGUCGUCAAGGGCCGUCCCCCUGUUGCCGAUGUUAGGCGCCGAGUAACACUGCACUACCUCGUGGAGUCCGGCGACGGAGCGCUGCUGAUGGUCCGUAGAGAGAUCUCCCGCGCGCGGGAACGGCGGCCCGGGAAGAUUUGGAUGGGAGGCGAAAUGGACGAGGAGAUGACCGUGUUGGAGGCUGACUUCCGCUCGUCGAGGUGGAAGGAAGUGGAGGGCGCCCUCUGCGGCGAACAGGCUCUCUUCGUUGGGCGCUGGUGCUCUAGGGCCGUGCGCGUGCCGGACGAGCGCCGGGUGGAGUGGGCGGACCGCAUCUUCUUCCUGGAAGACGGUACGGGCGAGGAGUGGCACAACCUGAGGUCGCUGCGCUACUCUCUUAGCGUGUAUAUGAUGAAAGGGGUCGAUUUCCAGUGGUGCGACCUCCCGCGCAGAGGUAGAGCGGAGUCGCUUCUGCCGUUGAUGGUGUCCAAGGAUGGAGACGACUUGCCGGCCACAUGGAUUUUCCCUCGAGAUCGGACUCCAUGUCCAUGA